CCCCCGCGCCUCGUCGCGUCGUGAACAACCUCACUCAUCUCCUACUCAUCUGCCUAGGCACGACGCCCACUACACCAGCCGACCUGCAUGUGACGUGGAGAUAAGAUGAGGAGAAGAGGAGACACGAAAUCCCCCGCACAGGGUCCUCCGUCGGAAUCCGUUCAAAUAAGCUUCUGCAAGCUAACGAUAGAGCUGCAGCUCGCGCAGGGGACAGCCCGCUGCGGACGGUCAGAUCGGCCUCCCACUCAGGGUCCGAUGGGUUCCACCGCGAACGAAGUCGAUAAUUGGUCGGAAGGCGAGGCUGGAACUCGCCGCGCCCAAAAUGGAUUGCAGCUUGUCCAGAGGAGCUGUCAGCCAGCCUGUCAGAUAAUCGGCUUCCUCCCUACAUUGGCCGCGUGUUCGGGUGGCUGUAUCCCGGUGUCCGGCUAUCUGCAGCCUGGAUUUCCGGUUGCCCGAGAAGGAUAGCCGGGAACACUUUUCACCACCCUCCGCGCCGGGGAAACCGAGGAAUGGGGAAAAGCUUGGCCAUCUGGGUUGCUACUGUGGUGGCUCUGGGUCUUUGGAGUUUAAUUGGGUUUUAUUCUGAGGAUUGGAGCGGUGGUUGAACCUAGAAUCGCCGCUGGCUGCUCUGUAUGGGUGCGGAUCACGGUAACCGGCAGUACUGACUUUUCGGGCCGGAUUGCAGAA